GCCAAAAGUGUACUUACCUGCAGCCAUGUCGCUAGUCUUUUGAUAUUAAAAUCGAUUGAUGGUCACCUCAUUCAAUAACAACUCUACCGUAGUUCAGAUCCGGCCAGUUAAAACAAUAGAAAGAACGGAAAUUGCACUGUAGAUAUUAGAAAUGUCGUUAUAUUCGACACCUUUUGUCGUCCUAAAUUUGGGUUCGGAAAUGAUAUUUGUAGUUGCUCGACGGCUACAAGCACAGAAUAUUUCGGAGGAACGGGCCGUACUAGUGUUGGAGGACUUAAUUGCUGGCUUAACUAGCAAUCGCCUCAUCAAGGAACUAAUGAGGCCUCAGACCAUAUACAGCCAAGAGGCUGUUAGAGAAAUCAUUGAAAACAUUGCCAACAACUCUUCGUCCAUGAAGCUGGAUGCCAUCAGCAUGAACAAGCUUUGGGACUUGAUAACCAUGGUGUUUAAGUGGCAGCUUGCAAUGUCUUCUGCGGCAAUUGAAACCUCUCAGCGACAUCUGGCUGAAUUGGAAAUGUAUGUUGCGAGCGAAGGCACCCAGUUGCAGUUGCACCGAGUGCAAAACAUAAUGGAAAAUUUCAAUAAGAUCCUAAACCCCCAAGAAAAAGUUGAGCUCCAUAAAGACCUCGUCAACUGGUGUCAAAAUUUUCAUGUUAGAGUUUCCCUGCUACUACGAAUGGGACUUCAAGACAACGAUGGCCAGUUUAUCGUGAAUAAUUUGGAUCCAGUGGCGGAAAAGCUGCUGGAGAACAUCGGCAGCAACAUCUACGAGGCAACCGAGAAUGGACGCAUCUUGGAAAACCGAGAAAAUGACAAAAAGGCCUCGUUGGCCCUGGAGAAUGUUAACGAGCUCAACUGCUUCGUGGAUGAAAUGUUGGGAGAAAGGAAACUGAGCUCCAGCAGCACAGAUGGUAGUUCCACUCUCUUGCGAUUAUCUUCUCUGACUGAAACUAAGCUGAACAACAACGGCGACGAUAGAUUUGAUAAUAUUGAUGUGAACGUGGGUGACAGUGAGCAACUGCAGCAUCUGAUGACCGAUUUGAGCGUUCGAGACGAUUUGGAGCAAAACAGUUUCAAAGACGAUUUGCUAAGCAUGAUUGAGGGCGGUCAAAGUGAUAUAGUUUAGAUUUCAUUGCUAUCUAAGUCUUUAAUGUGUUAAGGAUAAUAAGGGUUUUCGAAUUUGAUUAGAUUAGGUUUUUCAAAACUUUUGCCAAUAGUACGUAGGGACUCUACUGGCAAAAUAAUAUAAGCAAAUAUAAACUAUAAACUGUUGAGUAUUUGGGGCUUCGAGGCCGUCGUGGAAAAUAACUUUUUCCUGACGUUUCGCGAGUACGAGUGGCUGGCGUCUUCAGCGGUGGUUGCUCGAAGCAGCAAAUACUAAUUUAAUUUGUAUUAAAAAAGUAAUAAUCGGUUGCCCAUAGUGCCUACAAUGAGACGCAAGACAAUUAAAUGUUCCUCGAAUGAUUAAGCAGUAAUCAGCGAAUCACACAAUUUGGAGUUAUCUACGUGCAAUUUUUACAUACUUAGGUAUAUGAAAUGUUUUGUAAUCAAUAUUCUUACAUUGGCGCAACUCGGUAGAAUCUUUGUGAUUUUUUCUACCUUAUUCAGUUAGAAAUUACUUCGAUUGCUCCUGUUCUAUAAACAAUUUAAUUACAUUUUAUGUUGCAAUGUACUACAUAUAUUUAUAUUAAACAUAUUUCAACUAUCCUGAUAAGUUUAUACAGGGUGUCUCACGGUCAGCGUCCAUUAGACUAUUUCGACAACUAAUGGGAUUUGAACCCCGCAAAUUUGGAUAAUGGGAUUUUCGGAGACGCUCUUUUCAGAUGAAAUAACAGCGACAUUAUGCGACUUACGGUUAUUCCAGAAGUUGUCUCAAACCUACUUAUUUUGACAAUAAAACACCCAAAUGACUGCGUGCUUUAGGGUGGGAGAUCCGAAUUUUUAAGUGACCGGACGCAAUUGACGGACACUAUCAAUUUUGCGAGUCACAUUAACAAAGAAGGCAAAAAUCAGAUUCCGGAUGGAUUUUUCUGAAACUUUCCACGUCCAUCGGAUCAAAUGUCUACUCACGUAGGUAAAAUACUCAACUUCCUGCGUGCUUUAGUUUGGGAGAAGCGAAUUUUUAAGCAAGCAAGCGCAAUUGACGGACAACAUCAAUUUUGUGAGUCCCGAUUAUAAAGCCGGCAAAAAUCAGAUUCCGAAUGGAUUUUUCUCAAACUUUCCACGUCCAUCGGAUCAAAUGGCCACUAAAGUUGGUAAAAUACUCAACUUCCUACGUGCUUUGGUUUGGGAGGCGCGAAUUUUUAAGUAAGCGAGCGCAAUUGACGGACACUAUCAAUUUUGUGAGUCCCAUUAACAAAGAAGGUAAAAAUCAGGUUCCGGAUGGAUUUUUCUGAAACUUUCCACGUCUUUCGGAUCAAAUGUCCACUAAAGUUGGUAACAGUCUCAACUUCCUGCGUGCUUUAGUUUGGGAGAAGCGAAUUUUUAAGCAAGCAAGCGCAAUUGACGGACAACAUCAAUUUUGUGAGUCCCAAUUAUAAAGCCAGCAAAAAUCAGAUUCCGGAUGGAUUUUUUUGAAACUUUCCACGUCCAUCGGACCAAAUGUCCACUAAAGUAGGUAAAAUACUCAACUUCCUGCGUGCUUUAGUUUGGGAGGCGCGAAUUUUUAAGUAAGCGAGUGAAAUUGACUGACGUCAAUUUUGAGUCACAUUUGCAAAGAAGGCAAAAAUCAGAUUCCGGAUGGAUUUUUCUGAAACUUUCCACGUCUAUCGGAUCAAACGUCCACUAAAGUUGGCAACAGACUCAACAUCCUGCGUGCUUUAGUUUGGGAGACGCGAUUUUUUAGUAAGCGAGCGCAAUUGACGGACACCAUCAAUUUUGUGAGUCACAAUUAUAAAGCCGGCAAAAAUCAGUUUCCGGAUAGAUUUUUCUGAAACUUUCCAUGUCUAUCGGAUCAAAUGUCCACUAAAGUUGGUAACAGACUCAACAUCCUGCGUGCUUUAGUUUGGGAGGCGCGAAUUUUUAAGUAAGCGAGUGAAAUUGACUGACAUCAAUUUUGAGAAUCACAUUUGCAAAGCCGGCAAAAAUCAGUUUCCGGAUGGAUUUUUCUGAAACUUUCCAUGUCUAUCGGAUCAAAUAUCCACUAAAGUUGGUAACAGUCUUAACUUCCUGCGUGCUUUAGUUUGGGGGAAGCGAAUUUUUAAGCAAGCAAGCGCAAUUGACGGACAACAUCAAUUUUGUGAGUCCCAWUUAUAAAGCCGGCAAAAAUCAGAUUCCGGAUGGAUUUUUCUGAAACUUUCCAAGUCCAUCGGAUCAAAUUUUCACUAAAGUUGGUAAAAUACUUAACUUCCUGCGUGCUUUAGUUUGGGAGGCGCGAAUUUUUAAGUAAGCGAGUGAAAUUGACUGACAUCAAUUUUGAGAAUUACAUUUGCAAAGCCGGCAAAAAUCAGGUCAAGUGCCUACUAAAGAUGCUAAAAGAUGCAACUGCCUGUCUGCUUUAGUCUGGGAGAUAUGAAUUUUUAAGUAAGCAAGGGCAAAUAUAUUUUUUCAGGUUCACGGCUUGCGUACCUAGUGUACCUAGGUACGCAUUUUCAAUAAAACAUUUGGAUUUUCUGCUCCAAAAACGCAUUAUUAGCGCUCAAAUGCAUCUAAAGUUUGCCUGUAUAACAAUUCUGAAUAUUCUUCUAUUCUAUAUUAAGCGUGAUCGUUUUAUUUUGUUUAAAGAACCUGCGAUUUUCCUGCCUGAAAAUGCUUGUUUGCCUUGCUUUUGUUAACCUUGAGACACCCUGUAUACUCAUCUUCGACUUUAUUGGCUGAAAGCAGCACUUAGAAAAGUAAGUUGUAUCAAUAUAUCGAAAUAUUUCAAACAACAUA